GAAAGGCCGGUGGUGCAUCUGUCCGCGUUACGCCUGUCCGCCGCGGCGUUCCCGGGAGAGCGGCGGCCGGCUGGCCGAGCUGCGUGGACGGAGGAGGGGCCCGAACCGCGGCCCGGGUCUCGGAUAAAGCGCAGCCUCUGAUGAAGCUGCUUCUUAUAGCUUUCCAAUCUGAACAAAAUCUCAAUUAUUUAACUCCGUCGCCCUGCCCUGUUUCCUAAGAAUCCCUUUUAAAACGGUGCUUUCAUCUACAAACGGUGUCCGUUCCUUCAGUACAUUCCUGUACCUCAAGUUCCUGGUGGUGUGGGCGAUGGUGCUGCUGGCGGAUUUCGUGCUGGAGUUCAGGUUCGAGUACCUGUGGCCGUUCUGGCUGUUCAUCAGAAGCGUGUACGACUCCUUCAGGUACCAGGGGCUGGCAUUUUCUGUGUUCUUCGUGUGCGUGGCCUUCACGUCGGACAUCAUCUGCCUCCUCUUCAUCCCCGUUCAGUGGCUGUUCUUCGCCGCCAGCACAUACGUGUGGGUGCAGUACGUGUGGCACACAGAAAGAGGAGUGUGCCUUCCCACGGUCUCUCUCUGGAUACUCUUCGUGUACAUCGAAGCAGCGAUCCGCUUCAAAGAUCUCAAGAACUUCCACGUGGACCUGUGCCGACCGUUCGCGGCGCAUUGCAUCGGCUACCCCGUGGUGACGCUGGGCUUCGGCUUCAAGAGCUACGUCAGCUACAAGAUGCGACUGCGCAAGCAGAAGGAGGUGCAGAAGGAGAACGAGUUCUACAUGCAGCUCCUGCAGCAGGCGCUGCCCCCCGAGCAGCAGCUCCUCCACAGGCAGGAGCGAGAUGCAGAGGAAGUCACGGCGGCCAAAGGGGCCUCCGACACGGAGCAUCCCCCCACGACCCAGAAUGGAGCCCCCGGCAGGAAAGUCACACCUCCGCUGCCAGAGCUGGAGUACAGGGAGAAGGGGCGCGAGAGCAAGGACAGGGACGGCAAAAAGCAGAGCCUGGGGAUAAACAACAACAUCCUGCAGACGGUGGAGUCCAAGCUGCAGGAGAUCGAGUACAUGGAGAACCACCUGAGUAGCAAGAGACUGAACAACGAGCUGGCAGGCAGCGCGGAGAGUCUGCUGGCCAAGGACGACGCCACAGCCAGCGCCUCCAAGAACUACAAGAACACGGCGGGAGGCCCGGGCAACUCGUCGCCCCGCGGCCACGGCGCCACCAACGGCAGUGUGCCCACCUCAGCGACCUCCAGCAGGAGCGAGAAGAAGCAGAAGUUCCCAGGGAAGAGCCCGUCAUCCCACAGGGACCUCAUGGACAACUGCAUACCCAACAACCAGCUGGGCAAGCCUGAGGCACUUGUGCGGCUGGAGCAGGACAUUAAGAGGCUGAAAGCAGAUCUGCAGGCGAGCCGGCAGGUGGAGCAGGACCUGCGCAGCCAGAUCGGCUCCCUGAGCAGCACGGAGAGGAGCGUGCGCUCGGAGCUCAGCCAGCUGCGGCAGGACAACGAGCUGCUGCAGAACAAGCUCCACAAUGCCGUGCAGGCCAAGCAGAAGGACAAGCAGACCAUCAGCCAGCUGGAGAAGCGGCUGAAGGCCGAGCAGGAGGCCCGGCUGGCCGCCGAGAAGCAGCUGGCCGAGGAGAAGAAGCGGAAGAAGCUGGAGGAGGCCACCGCCGCCCGAGCCGUAGCCCUGGCAGCCGCAUCCAGGGGCGAGUGCUCAGACGCCUUCCGGAGUCGGAUCCGCGAGCUGGAGAGCGAGUGCAAGAAGCUAAGCAUGGACAUGAAGCUGAAGGAGGAACAGAUCCGCGAGCUGGAAAUGAGAGCGCAGGAGCUGCGGAAGUACAAGGAGAACGAGAAGGACACGGAGGUGCUGAUGUCCGCGCUCUCGGCGAUGCAGGACAAGACACAGCACCUGGAAAACAGCCUGAGCGCGGAGACCCGCAUCAAGCUGGACCUGUUCUCUGCACUGGGGGACGCCAAGAGGCAGCUGGAGAUCGCUCAAGGUCAGAUCCUCCAGAAGGACCAGGAGAUCAAGGAACUGAAACAGAAGAUAGCGGAGGUGAUGGCCGUCAUGCCAAGCAUCACCUACACGGCAGAUGCCAACAACAUGAGCGCCGUGGCCCCACACUACUCCUCCAAGUUCAUGGACACCGGUCCCUCGGGCCUGGACCCCAACGCGUCCGUCUACCAGCCCCUCAAGAAGUGA